AUGAAUGGCGAAGAAACUCAAGAAGUAGCCGAAGACGGCACUCGACUUUUUAUUGGCGGCCUAAGCUCUGAAGUGGAUAAUACCAAACUUCGUGAAGCUUUUCAGCAAUAUGGACGCUUAAGAGAAGCGUUCGUAACUGUUGAUAGGAUGUCGGGUAGAUCUCGUGGAUUUGGAUUUGUGUCGUUUUACGACCCGGAAGAUGCACAAGAUGCCAUUGACCAGAUGACUGGCAAGGAGCUAUGCGGUCGCAGCAUUCGGGUUAGUCAUGCUGUAAAACAAACUGAUCGAGAUUCAGGCAACGGCAGAAGAGGUGGCGGCGGCGGUCGAGGACGAGGUAGAGGUCGUGGUGGUGGCCCCGGAGGUUUCCGUCGUAAGCCAUAUAGCGAUCCUCGUGGAGGACGUGAUAUGGAUCGUGGUGGGCCUAGAGCAGGCGGUCCGCCACAAGAUUAUAAUAAUAACUACUACAAUAAAUAUGGUGGAGAUAGUGAUCGCCAACCGUAUUCGAGAGAAAAUCGCGAUAGUGGUAGUAGUUAUCGACCAGAAGCAGCCAGUUAUCAACCAGAUUACCGAAGUGCUCCUAGCAGCGGCUAUGGCACUAGUGCACCCUAUAAUAAGGAAGAACGAUACGGUGGCAGCCAACCCCAAAGUCGUGGCGGAUAUGGCCAGAGACGUGGUAGUGGUGGACACCGUGGUGGUUAUAGAAGUAAUGUCCCUUCCAACUCCUAUAGCGUAGAUGAUCGCAGUUCGCAAUCUCAUGCAGCGGGAAUGUAUCCUUCACGCGCAAGUGAAGGAUAUGCCCGCCGUGGCCAACCUUCAACUCCAGCAACUAGUGGUAGUGGUAGUAUGGGUGGUGGUGCUGCUGCAGCCGCUGCUGGUGUUGGCGGCGGCUAUCGAGGUAGCUGGAAAGAUAGCAACGCCAAUCGUGGCGAUCGUUUCGGAAGAGACAACCCAGCGAGGCAAUCUUAUCCUGCCCGGCCGGAAUACCAAUAUUGA